CAAGAUCACACAGAUGGAGAAGCAGCAGAGCUAAGAUUCCAGUCCAGGUCUGUCUGGCUAUGAGGCACCUUCUCUCUCAAAAAUAUUAAUUGUUGCAACAGCAUCCUUCCAAGACUCACUAUUUGAGGACCAUCUUAUGUAUACAUAUAUAUGUGUGUGUGUGUGUGUGUGUGUAUCCAGUUGCAGGUUAUCAUUGAAUCAAAAACAAUCCCCACUAUAAACAGAGUCCCCCCAUCCAUUUAGUCAGUGUUCAAUUCAGAGUAAAACCUUCAAGAAAGAAGGGAAGGGAGACUGUCCAGAAAGUGAGAGGCAAGAAAGCCACUGGAAUUUAACCUUACCUGGUCUGGGGGCAAAGCUUCAACUAGUAAUGACAGGGGACCAAUCCAGACAGAAAGUAGGAUCUCUAAGGAAGGACAAAUAAUUUGAGGAGGAAGCCAAAGCAAGAAGUAAGAUCAUGUGGAAAUGAGGGGGAUUGAGGUCCAGAGUGAUAGUGUCCAUGGGAAUGAGGUAAGUGAAACCAGAAAAGGAACCCAGGAUGGGCAGAAAUGCGGGUAAUGAGAAAUGGGAACAGAGUGAGGCCAGGCUAGACAUCUUGUGGAGUGAACUGAGGCCGGUAUCUACCCAGGGCCACUCCCUAGAUCCUUAGGCCUUCAUAGAAACCUUUGCCCCACCACACCCCAUCCCUGACAGCCUUUCUCUGCCAGGACAAGUUUGUCGUCUGCUCUGAGCUAUCAAGCCCCUUAGGAGACCUAAGACCCAGCUGGGUCCCAUCCCUUUGGAGUUAACUGCUUCAGACUAGGUAGGUGUGAGGACCUGGACCUCAAAUCCCUGGAUAUUGGGAGUGGGCAGAGGUAUAACUGAAAGAUAUGUUGUUGCAUGUCCUGUCUCCUAAUAGAUGGAACCUAUAAUGUAUUUUUCCCAGCCUAGGAAGCACCUAAUUCUUGUGGGCAAAGGAGCCAUGGAAGAUAGAGCUGGUCAGCAAGAGCAGGAGAGACACAGCCUCCGUCUGGAAAAGCUACAACAUUGGGCGAGGCACAGGCAGAGUGGGCACCUCUUGGUGCUGGCGGUGAGUCAGCUAUGGCUGGCAGUGGUUGUGGUGCCCCUUGCUGUCUCAGUCGCCUGCCUGAACUCUGAAUGUCACAUGGCCACAGCGCUGCCUCUUGGGCCUGGAGCCUCAGGUCUCCUCACUGGGACUGUUACCCUAGAGCUUCGCAGAGCACCCCGCCUCUGGAAGGUGCGGGCCAUGAUGAUAUUCAACACCUUCAACUUGAUCUUGGGUUUCAUCGUGGUGGUGGUCGAGGUGAUGAAGACAGCCUUGGGGCCUGCCCCAACUGCCUCCUCCCAGGUACUGGUGAAUGAAGGAGAAGGUGGGAGGAUGAGGAGGCAGGAGGAGGUGAAAAGGGAAAAGGGCAGGGGUGAACAGGUGCGGGGUCCCUGCAUUCUCAGCCUUGUCUACCUGCAGCAUGUUGGCUUGCUGGUGCUGGAGCUCAGUGCUGAGGCCUUCACCCUAGGGGGAGUGCUGGUCUCAGUGCACGCCCUAUUCUUGCUGAGCCAGAGGAAACCAGGAUGCUGCAGGAGCCAGAGUCUGCACUACCAGGAGCUGCAGGAGGGCUUCUCUGAGUUGGAAGAGGUUCCUGGUUUGGAGAAUGGUCCCACGGUGGCCAGCACAGGAGCAAAUGAGAGGGCGGGACAGCGGGAACAGACACGUGCUGCUCUCCUUCCACCCUGAGAGAAUGCUCUCCAGACAUUCCUGCCCCACCCCACCAAACUCAGAAGCUUGCUGGGAUGGUCCAACAGGAAGUCCGGGAAUGCCUUCAGUUUUCACUCAGAGCAGGCCCUUUUUGCGUUCCUUCCCUGUUAGGGGAAGAUAUACCUGGACGAGAAUAUAUCCUCACCUACCACCUUGAAAAGCUGCUUUCUCCCUUCCAUCCAUAUCCUCCCUCCCUGUCACCUCCCCAUACAGCUUCACAUCUGCCUCAUCUCACUCUUUUUUUCUGUCCACUUUUCAUAAUCCCAUCCACUCCAAAUCCUGGACCCUGCACACGCCAACUCCCUGAAUCCAAUUCAGGAGUGCCCCAGUUCCCCUUUCGAUCCGUCUCCUUUCUGCUGCAGCGGAGACUACAAGUCCCAGGAUGCCCCACUAGCCCGUGACCGGCUGGGAAAUAAAGAGCCUUCUCUCCGCGG